GCCUGGCAGAAAAAGGCAGACGAUAAGACGCGCAGCUCCAAUUUGACUUUGCAACUUUUUAUUCGUGCAAGGCACAUAAGCCAUGGCAAAGGGGACAUUGGAGAACAAGCUCCAAUUUGAGAAAAAGAACAAAGACCUUAUUAGACUCCCGAAACAUGCCAAAGUCGAGAAGCGCCCGAUACCUCAUGCGCCAGUCGCCUCUCCAUAUGCCGGUGCAUCAGUACCCAAGAUCGUCUACGUCUCCAAGACCACGCCGUUCAUGAGCGCAGUCAAGCGCGUCCAGAAACUCCUCCUGCAGGCGGAGAAGCGCGCCACCGCAAACAUCAACCUUGAGGAUACGCGCAAGAACGAGAAACAGAUACUCGAGGAGCUGUCGAAGGUGUCAGAGAAGCGAGAGGAAGUUUUUGUGAAGGCGACAGGACGGGCUAUCGAGAAGGCGCUGAAUGUAGCCAAAUGGUUCGAGGAAAAGGAAGCCGAGUACACAGUCCGUGUUACUACGGGUAGUGUGGUUGUCGUGGAUGAUAUCGUUGAGGAUGAAGAAAUGAAAGCAAAAGAGGAACAGAACCGACAACGGCAGGAAGAGCAAACCCCAACUGACCAAGGAGAUGCGGCUUCUAAACCGGAAUCCAAGUCAGCAGCAAAGAAGAGAAAACGCCAGGCCGCUGCAGCAGAAGAUGACGCCGAGCUCCCCGAGAGCCGGACGAGGUGGAUCAAAAUGGUUGAGGUCGCCGUCAGCCUCAAGUGAAUCCGCCUAUGAUCACUCCGACAAAAACUCCCACGAUAGUCCGUCAUCCGAUUGCCCGGCCAUCGUCUGCUGAUUUGAGGAUGUUCAACUGCAAAACUUCACACCCAUAGCUGGGAAAUAGCCAUUGUCAUGAGCCUGUGGCCAAGCCCGGAAUUGCCAGCUAGGACAUUGAGUGCACGCACAUCCUGCUGAGUGACCAUGAUCCGAACGGAACGCUCAUGGGGACUAUACACCACCCAGUAACCCAGCUCAGAAGACCUUUUAUCUGGAUUCCUGCUCUGGGAUGUUGCUGGUGGAAGCGGUCAAAACCCAAGUCCCAAUUCGAGGGCGUCCUCUUCCCACCCUCGUCACUUGCGUAUACCCAGUACCAAAUACUCUACAGGUGCAAUAUCAAUAUUACACAGGCGCGGGAGGCCCUUGAGCAGGAUCAGGAAAAAGAACAAUUCGUUUGUCCUUAGGUUGUUAGCCUAGCACAAAAUCAUGUACAUCGAGAUUGUCCUUUAAGAAAUCAACUCUGAUUUACCCAGAGCGCAUGCUCCACCCAACCAACCCAUCGCGCUGUGGAUGCUGGACAGACUUGUAUGAAAAACGAAAGAGGGAGAGACAGGACUAUAGGGUAACA